CAAUUCUGGAAACCAAUAGUUGAUGAAAAACUUUUGAAUUUCUGUCCUUAUGGUAAUACAGAAAUGUCUGUAAGAAAAGUUUUUGACUUUUGCAGGGAUUUUAUCGAAAAGAUGGAAAAUGGUUAUAAUUCAACUCUCUAUGGUAGAAUUGAUAAUCUGAUUACCAAGUGGUUGUUUAAUCGGAUAACUGCUACACAUGAACGUGAGAUGGAUAUUAUUAAUGAGCUUAUAAAGUUAUCACGUGCAGAAAUUAAAGAAGUAUCUUCUGUGUUGAAGGAAAUACACACCAUUCAAGAAAAAAGUUGCAGUGAUGUGAUUGCAGAUGUUGCUAGAAAAAACUGUGUUUCAAAUUCAGACUUUUAUAAAUUAUUUUUGGAGCUCUCACCUUUGAUUCCUGUAUGGAUGGGUAGCAUAAAUGAAACUGCUCCUCGACUGGUUGGAGCUAUUCCUGCCGAAGAUGACAGUCUGCUUAAACCUGGUCAAUAUGUUGCUGCUUAUGUAUUACCUGGAUCAGUGAAUCCUAAUAGCGAUGAAUAUAGUGGCGUUAAUCCUGAUGAUGAUUCUAAUGAGGACGCAGUUGAUAUCCCACCACCAAAUGAAGAGUUUGGAAUCAUAGGCUCUUGGAUUUUGGCCCGUGUAUUAGUGAAAACAGGAAAGUCCAGAAGAUAUAAAAAUAAUAAAAAUGCAUUAUAUACAGUUGUUGACAUGGAUAAUAUUGCUUACCCACACUAUCUUGUUGAAAGAAAAGUGGUUAUACCUCUUCCACUUUAUAGAGCAGAUCCCAAAACUAAUCCUGAAGCUAUUUUUCCUGUUGGUACUGUUGUUCUUGCCCUUUACCUGAAUACAACUUGCUUUUAUCCUGCUGUUGUUUUAGAUACUCCAAAAACUUUGAACGACACAUACACUAUCUGUUGCAGAGAUGUGAAUAACAAGCUGCAGUAUGGACCUGUGAUACGUGCACCACAAAGAUAUGUCAUUAAAUAUGUAGAACCUUUAUCACUUUUUACUGAAUGCCAAAGAAGAGUAUUAAAUGAGGUUUUGUCUUUUAAGUACAGUGAUACGACAGCAAAACCGCACUUUUCAAAAAAUUAUUCCUAAGCGCACAGUGGUCAAUCUCCGAAAUCAAUAAUUUUAAAGCAUUAUUUUAACUUUUCUAAACAUCACCAGAUAGCAGCACUACACUUAGAUUAUAUCUUCCUUUGAAAAAAAUAAAAAGUUUUCAAGGCCCUUUUUCAUUACUACAAGUUUUUUUUUUUUACUCAAUAAAACACAAAAAAAUUUUGAAGUAUAUCACUCAGAUUUGUUGUUUAUGAGCUCCUUUUGACACACAAAUUUUUCCCAACAGAAAAGUAUUUAAUUUUUACCUUUAUUUUUUUUUUGGUUUCAGAGUGAAGCCACUGUGCCCCUAGUCAUAUGGUGAAGUGGGUAAAAAUUUAUUAGGGUUUUUUUCUUGCAUGGGGCUUAUAAAUGGAGAGCAAUAUGUCUAUUUCUAUUAAAAAUAAAGUCUAUUACCUCAAACUUCUUAUCUGAAACAAAUUUAUUCUGCCUUUUUUGGUCUUUAAAAUUAUAUAAAUUAUUUUAGUAUUGAAGUUCAUUGUUUGAUUUCUGAAAAGUGAAAAUAUAUUGUAAAAAAAGUUAAAAAAGAUAAUAUUUUUUUAUCACAUGAAAAUGUUCUGUGUGGACAAUGGUUAACCACCGAAACCACCACCCCCUUUGUGGUACAAUGAAUCAGAUUUUUUUUUAAAUGUAUUUUUCCCAUUCUUAGAACCUAUGCAACAUAUUUAGUUUCUCAAUUUUAAAAAAAUAUGAAGAUUUAUGUUUGUGUGCCUCAAAGGGUUAAGAGAUUACCUAACUAGUGCUCCACUGAUGACUAAAAUAAAAUUAUCAUUUACUAAAUUCAAGUUAAACUAUGACAACUAUUUUUAUUUUAAAAAAUGACUUAAAAUUUAUUUUUAGAAAACCAGUGACUAAUUUUAUGGAAAGAAAAACAAUUAUUUAAAAAAAAUGCUCUCAAACUAGUCAUCAAACAAAUCGUGCCAAGUCUAGCUAUACUCUGGCAAUAGUAAUUGAUGCAUGCUUGUAUAUAUCGUAUAGGUAAUAAAGCAGACUUUUUUUCCUAUAUUUUGUUAUGGGAACUAAGAAUUUUCUUUUCUUUUUCAACCAAUUGCAUGUCAUUAUACAACACACAGUUCAAUGUUCAGUUAUUGCUUUUUUGCUCACUGGAUUCAAGAUGAUUCCAUCAUGAAUCUGCUUUAUUUUCUAAUCGUUUGUCCUUCCAUUUCAGUUUACAGUCUCCCUUCGCAGUUUUCAAAGUCAAAAGUUUGAGAUCGGAGAAUCACCUUUUGACCAUUCUUGAUAAUUCUAUUGAAAUCCAUUUAAUUUUCUAAUAAAUGAUUUUUCAAUUUCCGAUAUUUAAAUACAAUAUUAUUACGACACCCAAUUUUCGAAUUUGAGAAAUUACUUUUUGACUUGUUUGAGUGCUGUUCUCACAUUUUUUUUAAUACUUAAAUGGCACAACUUUAUGACAGUUCUUACUUUCUUUUAAGUUGAACUUUUUUUGCUUAAAAAUUAGAAUUUUUUUAACUACAAAGUUAAUAGCCUUGAUUUUUCAAUAACCACUCCCGUUUAUGAAAUACAAUGCCCAUUUCUGUUUUUAGAAUAUAAUGCCCUGUGUGGUUUCUUGUGCCCUGCCCUUUUCAUUAGAUAUCUAGAAUGAGAAAUGGUUUUAAGAUGCUGGGCCAUUGUUUACCAAUUUCGAUUUAUAAUGCUCGUAUGUACAUGUUUAUAUAUAUAUAUAUAUAUUAAUUUUUCAUUGUGAAGUGAGCAGUUUUAAAGUUAGUUUAUAGCAAUAUCUUGCAAGUUGAACAUAAUCUAUUAUUACCAUUCAUUAUGUAUUCUUAUGUAUUUAUGUUUUCUACAUUUCUUUAGAUUUUUUCCACCUUACAAGCUAAUUUUAUUAUCAGAGGAUACUAUUUAGACUAAUAUUUUUGACUUACCAAAUUAGUUAUUUUCCAGUGCUAACUUCAGCGGAGAUUCUUAUCAUCUGUCAUUCUAAUCAGUACAACAGUGAUGUUGCCUUUUACCUUACAUAAUAAUGAUAUUCUAAUGUAAAUUUAAUUCUUGAAGAAUUGAAUUCUUUUUAGAAGAUCAUCUAAAUUUUCAUGAUGCUAUUUUAGGUUUUCAUGUUAGCAUUUCUAUUCAGUAAAACUUUACUAUUACAAACUAGUUGGGAUCACUACCUGUUUUGACUAUCAAAAGUGUAUUUAUGUUCAAUAUAAAUUGAAAAAAAAAACAUUUAAAAAAUAUACCUUGCUUUUUUAUUCUGUAUUGUAAUUUAUUUUUCAUGUUAUUUAAUGUUACUUAUUAAAACUACAUUUUAACAAUAGCUUUUUUGAUAUAUCAUAAAUAUCCAUAUUUUCGUCUAUAAUAGUUAUAUUAACAAAUUAAUUCCAUAUUUGUAAUUACGGUUUUCUGUUCCUCAUUGAAAGUAUCCUUUAACAAUUUAAAUCAUUUUUAUAAUACAUUAUCACGAUGGCUACAACCAGGGAAAAUUUAAAAAUUGUUCAUUAAGCUGUUGGAAAUUUUAAAGAUUUUAGUUCAAUUUUAAGGAAUAAGUUGGACAGUUAUAAUGUUGAGAUAGGUUUCCUUUAAUUUGCAAGCAUAUUUUGGUAGAUAGAAAUUAGUUAAUGUAUCUACAAUCAUUCUCUAACAAUUUUUAAACUUUUCCUAGUUGUGGGCACGGUUAUAAUUAUUCAAACUUAAAUUUUUCUGUUUUCUAAGUUAAAUAAUAUUUAUCUAUUACUAUGUAUAAUCCUGAUGUGGUUUUAAACAUUAAUAACUUAAAGUUCAUUUCUUGUGUAUUUUGUAAUUAUAAUGUAAAA